AUGACUGCAACUGACUCUCUACAAACUGCAAGGACACAUUUAAAAGAAUACAGAAGCCAGUACAGUUUAGUUAAAGAUGAAACAGUUCAAAUAGCGAACAAAUGGAAGAUCAAUCCAACUUUUCCAUGGAAAAGGCAAAAACUAGUAAAAAAACAUUUUGAUGAACUAUCCUGUGACCACCGUGUUGGAAAUGAAGACGACUUUAGAGUUAAUGUAUUUAAUUGUGUGUUAGACAUUGUCAUAAAUCAAAUCGAAAAGAGAUUUCAGGGAAUGCAUGAGGUUUGUACUUUGUUCGCUUUCUUAGCUCCAUCACAGUUAGUAUCACUUCAAGAACAAGACAUUUUAAAAUCUGCCGAAAAUCUUCAAUUAAAAUACAAAGAAGAUCUUUCAGCGGAAUUUCCUUUACAAAUUGUUUUGACAGCCUCAAUGCUGAAAGAUGAACUUGUGAAAAUAUCAACAAUUAAAGAUUUGGCUGAGCUAUUAUUCAUCAAGUACUCUACAAUUUCUUCAAGCUUUUCAGAAGUCUUAACUGCAUUAUUUUUAUUUCUUACUCUACCUGUCACUGUGGCUACAGCAGAAAGAUCAUUUUCCAAGCUUAAAAUAAUAAAAAACUAUUUACGCAGCUCCACGGGCCAAGAACGUUUGCACAAUCUCUCUUUGCUUGGCAUAGAAGCCAAAAUAGCCAAACAAAUGGACUUAAAAGAUGUUAUUAGAGAUUUCGCUAAUUUGAAAUCCAGGAGAAUGAAUUUUGAAUUUUAG